AUGAGACGAUUGGGUGAUAUCCCUCACAUUAAUUUACAAUUACCGAUUACACAAGGAGAUGGCUAUGAAAUUUACGAUUCAUUUCGAUCAUUUUCAAAUAUUCGAACGGCACGAUCAUCCACAUCAUUACGUAAAUCGUUGCUUGAAACAUCUCAGCAACGAAACGUACUACCACCAAAUAAUCGAUCAAGAUCACGUUUACGAAAAAUUUAUGUAGGCGAUCAUCAAUCUCGGGUAAAUGGUCAAUUGGCUAGUGUAAAUUUAUUAAAAUUAAAAUCGUCUUAUUUAUCAACCACUACUGAAAAUACACACAAAUCAUCACAAGUCGAUACAAUUUCAAAUUCAUUAAUCAAUUCUAGUUAUUCCAAACGUUCAUUGAAAAAAAUUGUCCAAAACUCUCAACAACAAUCUGCCCAAAAAAAACAGUUCGUCGAUACCAGAAAAGAUUCACCCGUAAGUAAAGCGACAAGAUCAUCGUCAGGUGAUCGUCUUCUAGAACACUCUGAAUCCGUAUUUGGUGAAAUUGAAGAAAUAAAAAAACCAUUGACAAAUCCCGCCACAUGGGCCUCACAUCCACAACAUGUAGAUAUAUUACAAAAAAAAAUGUUACAUUCACGUGCAAAAAAUAGAGAAAAUAAACAUAAUAAUAGCAGAGAAAGUCAUAAAAAUGGUGAUCGAGAAAUUAUGAGUGAAUCGAAAGAGUCAUUGUCAAAUGAUGUACUCUAUCAUCGUAUUGAACAACUUACACGUCUCUAUUUUCCAACAAUUCAAAUAUUAAGACAUACACAAUCGCCAGAAACGAAUCUAAAUCGAGUAAAAUUACAUCGACAAAUGAGUUUUAAUGUUUAUUUCUACGCAAUGGAUAUAUGUGUUAAACAAAUGAACAUGAUGUCAACAAAGAAUUUGAGAAUGAUCAAUGAAAAAUUAAAUCCACGUUUACCACCCAUUCAAACGAUUAAUGACGCACUACCUAUAACAGAUCAUAGUAAAAAUAGAAUUAGAGGGACUUUAAUAAAUGAAAAAAUGCCAUUUUCAACAGAUAUAGAUGCCGUCGGAGCAACUCACAGCUUCUACGAAUCUUCACCACCUGAAAUUCUUCUGCUCGACACAUACCCACCACGAAGUAAGUUCAAAAACUCUUCACAUCGUUUCUACGGUCAAAAUGUAACGAGUGCUUGUAGUCGACGUUCUUCAAUUUUAUUUCAACGCGUUGAGCGUUGCGAUGAACUAAAACCUCAGCGUGAAAACACAUUUGACACUGUUUGUGAAAGUGUCUCAGAAAGUGUAUUAGAAGUAAAUCGAGUACCAUCAUCAUCACGUCGACGACCAUCACCUUAUACCGUUUUACCACCGAUAACCGACGAACCUUUAUCAUUCAGAUCUCAUCAUUCUAAUCUAUUAUCACAAUCAUUUAACGAAAAUGAAAUAGAAUCUAGUCGACUUAGAAAAAGUCCACUCGAUCGUUUAAAGCCAGAAAUACGCGAUCGCGUGUUGAAUCCUGAAAUACUAGCUCAUCUAGAAGCGGAAAAUCGAAGUAGGCGUAAUUCAUCGUGUCCAGUGUUGGCUAUAAGCGUCGACGGUUUGAUAUCGUCACAAGAAAAAUCAAAUGAUGAAACAUCCAUUGUACCAUCAUCUGCAGCAAAUGAAAAAAACUUAAAUCCUCUAGCAAAAGUGCGUAGAACAGCUUCACAACAUGCAUCAACAACUACUACUCGUACCGGAAAAUUUAUGCUUGAUAUUUUCCAACCACAAUCAAAAACGAAAACUACAAUAACUGAUCCACUAGUUGUUCAAAAAACGGUCUGUCAAAAAGCAAAAAAUGUCACUAAUUGUGCAACACAAGAAUGUCAACAGAGUAAAGUUAUACAAAAGAAAAGUUCCGAGCAUGUCGACAGUGAACCACAAGCAACGAAAACAGGAAACUCUUUUCCUGUAUCGUCAACACCGCCGCCAUCUGUUGUUAAAUCUGAAAUGACCAACAUAUUAGUUGCAGCGCCUAUAGACGCUCAGUCUACUGAACAAAAUAUAACCCAAAUUGAUUCUCCGAUCGAUGUGAUGCCUAUUAAAGCAAUCCAUGCAAACGAUGUUGAUUGUCCAUCUAUGAAAGAAAUGGACUUAAAGCAGACUGAUAGAAUACAUCAACGAGCUUUUCGAUUAGAUCGAAUUUAUCCACAAAGAAUAGGACCAGUUCCCAAACCAUUAACACUUCAGGGUGAAAAAAGUACUGACACUGAUUGUUCGUGCAAUAACCAUGCAACUUCGACAGUAUUCAAUGGUCAGCGUCGAACCAGUUUAACUUCAGCUGUUUUAAACAGUCAACCUCACAUUACGGACUUAUUUGAAAAUUUCGAGACGAAUAGUGCUCUCAAUAAUCCUUCAAAUCCAUUCAAAGUAACGAAACGAAUGGUAACAGUAACAAAACAGCGUCCGAGAACGACUACAAAAAGUGCAAAGAAAACUCUUAAAAACGUUCAAAAAACACCAUCAAAAGUAUUAAAGAAAGUUGCGAA